AUGGAGGGAGAAACCGACGAACCGGGGAGCCCGAAGUUUGAGAUUAUCACACCUAAAGGGAGGAGCAACAGCAGCAGGGGAUACACAGGCCCUGGCAUCGCAACGUAUGUCGUUGAUGAGGAGGGAAGUACAGAGAAAUUUGCGGGCGAAUAUAUCGGAGGCAUAAGACAUGGGCCGGGUGAGUACCAGUUUUCGGACGGCUCUCUGUUCAAGGGUAGCUAUGAAAACAACAAAAAGAGUGGACUAGGCGAUGCGACAUACAAGAAAAGAGAAGUCAACGAAGACGGUAUGGUUACUAGCACCAUUUUAGAUGGAGUUAAUAGUGCACCCAGAAGAGAGGCCCACGAGACUGGUGAAGCGAAAUAUUUUGGUCACUUCGUUGAAGGGGCACGGCAAACACAAGGCUGCAUGGUGUAUCCUAAUGGGGAUGUGUAUCAAGGAGAGUGGUUUGCUGGCCAGAAACACGGUGAGGGGUCCUACCGUUUCAGCGCAGACGGCUCCGUUCUUUCUGGUCACUGGGUGGCGGGGUCCUUGAAGAGGGGCCGUUGGAUCCUUCCUACCGGCGCAGUGUUCGUCGGGGAGUUCGAAUUGAAUAAACCAACUGGAAAGGGAGCAUGGAUCCUGCCUGGUGGCAGCCAGAGAAGAGAAGCAUCUAGUCAGGGGGGGAGUGAAGAGGUCGCGGCAGAGGAGGAAGAGGGGAGUGGGAAGUAUGAGAUAGAGCAAAUGCAGAUGCGUUGCAUCUGCUGUGUUGCUACCCGCGAGUAG